CUGAGAUGUUAAAUAGCUUUCUGUGGCGGGAGAGGGCUCUGUGAGGCAGUUGCAGCUCCAGCUACAUCCUCGGCGCUCACUGCGCGCUCCAGAGAAAUAGGCGCGUGUAUUCCGGAUACCAUGGCAGCAGCUCGUCCAGCGAAGGCAUCGGUGGCGGCGGUAGAGGCGGCCAGCGACCUGGGCUACCUAACGCGGCCUCUCCACUGGGCGGCCAUCAUGCGACACCCGCGCAGCGCCGCCGGCUCUGUUCUACUCUUCCGGCUGCGUACCCUCUUCUUUGCGACCGUCUGCUUCACAUUCUUAUGCUCUCAGCUCACCGUGAUGUGCCGUGAGGGCACCACGGACCUGGAUGUCUUCACGCUGACGCUCAGUGUGGCUGACACCACCGCCAUCUGGCUCGUCCGCCUGCUACACAUCGCUAUGUGUGAGCGCGACUUCCACAGGCUCGCUCUUCAGGUGGGCCAGGACUUCGCAGAAUUCCUGAGUCCAGAGGACGUGCCGGUGCUGCUCACUCAGGGCCGCAAUGUCCGCCGCUUCACGCUGACCUACAUCUCGCUCGGCGUGCUCGUAACCACUUACUGGCUGUUCACUCCCGUCAGCCCGGAGGGCCUGCCCUUCUUCCUGGCACUGCCCUACGACGCGUCGACGCCCUUGGGCUUUGCCGUCUCUUGGGUCUACUGCACGGUGGGAACGGUGCACGUCGUGGUGAUGACCAUGGUGUUAGACUCCUUCAACGUCAGCCUCAUCAAUCAGCUACGGAUGCAACUAGCAUUGCUCAACAACAAAAUUGUCAGUCUCCCAAGAGAGAACUCCUCUAUACCCAUGGACUCAUUACAGACUACUGGCUACUGGGACCUUCACUGUCGACUGGAGAAGUGCGUCCUACACCAUCAAGCCAUUAUUAGGUAA